AUGAGCGCUGCACCGAGCGGGCGCAGGAAGCGCCCCCGCUCCGCCGCCUCCAUCUUCCAGGGCAGCAGGACCUCUCCGCACGGCCGCGACAGCGAACGGCGGGGCAGCGGCUCCGAUAGCGCCUACCAGACCCAGAGAACCCUGGACGACUGUAAGAUGCUUGUCCAGGAGUUCAACACCCAGGUGGCUCUCUAUCGGGAGCUGGUCAUUUCUAUUGGGGAUGUCUCAGUCACCUGUCCUUCUCUACAUGCGGAAUUGCACAAAACUCGAACUCGGGGAUGUGAGAUGGCCUAUCAGGCUCAUCAAAAACUAGCAGCAAUUUCUGGCCCAGAAGAUGGUGAAAUCCAUCCUGAAAUCUGUAGACUAUAUAUCCAGUUGCAGUGCUGCUUAGAAAUGUACACAACAGAAAUGCUAAAGUCUAUAUGUCUGCUAGGAUCACUGCAGUUUCAUCGGAAAGGAAAAGAACCCUGUGGCCCACCCAAGAUCUUAGAUACUAAAGCGGAGGAGAGCUCUGAAGUACCUAUUUUAGAAGACACGUCAUUAUCACCAACAGAUAUUCAACAGCAUCUAUGGCAGGUUUCCACAGAUAUUGAAAACACUGAAAGAGAUAUGAGGGAAAUGAAAAACCUUUUAAGUAAACUCAGGGAGACUAUGCCUUUACCACUGAAAAAUCAAGAUGAUAGCAGCCUCCUAAACUUGACUCCAUAUCCACUCGUAAGAAGACGGAAGAGAAGAUUCUUCGGAUUGUGUUGUCUUGUCUCCAGUUAGAAGAUUAAGCACAGAAGCACCAAGGAAAUCAUGACUUUGAUUAAAUCACUGAAAAGAUGAAAGUGGCUAAUCUUGAUUAUAAAGUAUAUUUUCUACACUAGGCUAUUCAUUUUUGUCUUCUGCUCCAUCCCCCUUUUCACAUAAGUGUUUUAAUACGUUCAAAUUAUGGUGGUCAAGAAAUGGCUGUGGAAUAGAUCUAGCAUAUUUAAAACUUCUUAAAUUAUGUUUUGCAUGCUUACUUUCAAUCACUCAAGACACAUGAAUUAAGGUUCAUAGAUAAUUUUAGAGGGUUUUUUUAAUUGUUUGAGCUGCAGCUAAAAGUUUGUGCAUAGUACAGUACUCUUACUAGUAUCAUACUAAAAUCAUACUCUAGCAGUCUUUAAGCAUAGGAAACUAUUUAAGAGCAAAACAAUUGAAGUUCUAGGACAUUCAAACAAUAUUGUAACAGAAUUUGUACAAAAUUUCCAGUUGCUUUUUGUGCUCUCAUUCAUAUUUAGUCUUCCACUGUAUCUCAACUUCAAAGCUUUAUAGAAAAUAUCUUAAUUUAUGAUACAAAAAACAUAUAUGAAAAUAGUUAGGACUUGUAAAUACAGAGAAAUCAUAAUAUCUACAAACUGUACAAUGCUUAGAAGCGACAGAUUUUCUUUUAAGCCAAUAGUAUAUCUACAAGCUUUUGGGGAAAAAAAUAAUUUAUUAAAAGAAGGUGUAUUAAAUUAAACAAUGUAAAACACAACACCAACCCAUUUUGUUGCCAGUAGAAUUCAAAGCAUGGUGUCUGCAUAUCAAGUAUUGAUCUUAUAAGGCAUGCCAGAAUUAUCUCAGACUGUAAGAUAUUAAACGUUUUACAUUGUUAAUAAAGUUUUUUAUUUAAAUUAAAUGUUGUCUUGUUUCUAGU